ACAGAUACAUGAUCACUGACUCCUCCCACCUGAAUACAGAUAUAUGAUCACUGACUCCUCCCCACCUGAAUACAGAUACAUGAUCACUGACUCCUCCCCACCUGAAUACAGGUACAUGAUCACUGACUCCUCCCCACCUGAAUACAGGUACAUGAUCACUGACUCCUCCCCACCUGAAUACAGGUACAUGAUCACUGACUCCUCCCCACCUGAAUACAGGUACAUGAUCACUGACUCCUCCCACCUGAAUACAGGUACAUGAUCACUGACUCCUCCCCACCUGAAUACAGGUACAUGAUCACUGACUCCUCCCCACCUGAAUACAGGUACAUGAUCACUGACUCCUCCCCACCUGAAUACAGGUACAUGAUCACUGACUCCUCCCCACCUGAAUACAGGUACAUGAUCACUGACUCCUCCCCACCUGAAUACAGGUACAUGAUCACUGACUCCUCCCCACCUGAAUACAGGUACAUGAUCACUGACUCCUCCCCACCUGAAUACAGGUACAUGAUCACUGACUCCUCCCCACCUGAAUACAGGUACAUGAUCACUGACUCCUCCCCACCUGAAUACAGGUACAUGAUCACUGACUCCUCCCCACCUGAAUACAGGUACAUGAUCACUGACUCCUCCCCACCUGAAUACAGGUACAUGAUCACUGACUCCUCCCCACCUGAAUACAGGUACAUGAUCACUGACUCCUCCCCACCUGAAUACAGGUACAUGAUCACUGACUCCUCCCCACCUGAAUACAGGUACAUGAUCACUGACUCCUCCCCACCUGAAUACAGGUUCAUGAUCACUGACUCCUCCCCACCUGAAUACAGAUUCAUGAUCACUGACUCUUCCCCACCUGAAUACAGGUACAUGAUCACUGACUCUUCCCCACCUGAAUACAGGUUCAUGAUCACUGACUCCUCCCCACCUGAAUACAGGUUCAUGAUCACUGACUCCUCCCACCUGAAUACAGAUACAUGUUAACAGUAUAGUCUAUCAGUCUAUAAAAGAGUGUAAACAGUCUAUAAACAGUCUGUAUAUGUACACAAAGUCCCCGUUAAUUAACGACAUUGACCGUUUCCGGUCAGCGUUAAUGACCGCACUUGUACCGCAG